CGUUUUAGUUGAGGCCUUAUGCAAAUAACAUGUAAUAAAAAAAAGUCACGAGCUACAUGGUUGCAUCGAAAUCUCAGUUAGGAGAAAAGAGUUGAAAUUGCUGUCGCGAAUUUGAGAAAAAUGGGUGGCGGAGGAGGAGGAAUAACAUACAAGGGAGUCACCGUGCAAACUCCGAAGACGUGGCACACCGUCGCCGGAAAGGGCUUGUGCGGCGUCAUGUGGUUCUGGAUUCUGUACAGAGCGAAGCAAGACGGUCCUGUAGUCAUGGGAUGGAGGCACCCCUGGGAUGGCCAUGGUGACCACGGAGACCAUCACUAGGUGGUAUCACUGAACCUUUUGAAGAUCAUGACGAGAAAAUGGAUCCUCUCUGUUUUAUUUUCAGCUUCAUAUGUCGAAAUAAAGAGAAAUGUGAAGAAGACCUGAUAUUGUUUUUGUACACACCUUUGUAAGAUUUGCUGGUUCCCGUUUUUAGCUGCUACUUCGGUUGGUGUUACUGAUGAUAUUUGUUGUUUUGCUGUCUACAAACAAAUAAAAUCGAUUGCUCAA